AUGAGCAGUGUUCGGCAAAAACGCUAUAUUGACGGGUUUCCAUCCCUGGCACAUUUCAUCGCCAGCGACCGAGACGGAACUUGUGCAAUUUUCAAGCGCUUCAAUCGGCUCGCUGCCCGAAACCUACUCAUUUUACAAAGCGAGCUAGCAGAGCUGGAGGCUAAACUUGAUGCAUUUGAUGACGAGGACAGGGCAACCGCGGAGUCAUUGCAAAGCCUGAGGAACUGGAAGAGUUAUAAGGAUAGGAAUGAGAAAGACUCAGAGAGAAGACGCCUAGUGCGACAGAUGCAGGUUACAUUAAAAGACUACAGAGAAGCACUAGUCUUUGAAAGCACCCUGGCGACAAUUCCACCGCCGGAUAGAAGGACACUUAAGGCGUUUCGAAUUAACUUCUUCCAUGGACACCCUGAUAAUAUCAGCUCAUUUCCUAUGCUCGGUGGCUACGGCUCGCAAUUAUUUGACGAUCCUGAUGAUCUCUUGGUAUUGCACACUCAAGAACCGCCCGAUAGAUUGACAAUGUUUAUGCAAGACUAUUUCGGUUAUCUAUUCGAGGAGCCUGGAAAUACACUCGGCUCUGAAAUAGCCUAUACUUCUGGGAAAAGAAUUGCGACCUUUAUCUCAUGUCUGAGUAUCUUACUUGCCGCUUUGUUAUUGAUCGGGGCUAUAGUUAUCCUCUAUAACGUUAAGUCGCAUAACCUGAAACUCGGCCUUAUAGCUCUUUUCACAAUACUCUUCUCGGCAAGCAUUGGCUUAUUAACGAAUGCAAGAAGGGCAGAGGUAUUUGGGGCCACAGCAGCAUACGCAGCUGUGCUGGUUGUCUUUGUCAGCGGCGAUCUGGGUAGUUAG